UGGCGGGCGGCUCCACGGCAAUUAAUUGCGGCAGCAUGUUUGGCGACAACGAACAGCACCGCAUCUGCAGUGCGUGCGUCGCCAAGGACGGCAAGCGCAAGGCGCCACCAGCUGACACCGGUGGAAGGGGACAAUCUAAACGCCCGAAGGUCACGAAUGGGGGUAGUAAGAAGUCUCAGCCUUCUCGUAAGGGGCCUCGUGCGCGGCCGGAUUUGAACGCCAAGCUUGAGAUGCUGAAGCUCAUGGACGCCAAGGUCACUCAUGAGCAGAUAGCGGACCGCUUCGCGUGCUCGGUACGGCUGGUCCGGAAUGUGAAGAAAAACCGGCAGAAGCACGAGGCCGAGGCUGCUGCAGGAGGCGGAGGAAGCAAGAAAAGUCUACGUAAAGGCGACUUUCCGGCGGUGGAAGCCAUAGCUCUCGACCUACUCGAGAAAGCCCGGAAGGCCAAGAUGCCCGUCACACGCGAAGUCCUUCGAAGCUUCGGCCGUUCCGCGAGGGCAACCCUGCUUGGAGAUCCCGCAGCUUCUAAGGAGGUGAAGGCGAGGGUCCAGGAUUUCAAAGCCGGUGAACGGUGGGCCCAAAACUUCGUGAAGCGCAACAACAUCCAGAGCGCGCGACCUCAUGGCGAGGCUGGUAGCGUCGACAAGGAGGCCAUCGAGGCGGCUAUGGAGGAACUCAAGGCCCUUUGCGCGAAGUAUUCGGCUAGGUUCAUCUUCAACGUCGACGAAACAGGCCUCCAGUGGAAGCUCAUGCCCAGGCGCACGUACCUUUCCACCUCCGAGGAGCAGAAGACGGCGCGGGGCUCCAAGGGCAUGUUCUUCAAGGAUCGACUGUCUGCCAUCAUGUCCGCCAAUGCCGACGGUACUGCGAAUGUCCCAAUGGCCAUCAUCGGGAAGGCAAAGGAACCCCGCUGCUUCAAGGACACGCCUUCACCUCUGAAGUACUUCUCGCAGGCCAACGCGUGGUCCGACACCAACACGUUCCAUGAUCGGGGGCAAGUUACCACCAAGUUCUACCCUCCGCUGUGCACCUCCGUACACCAGCCCAUGGACAUGGGGAUCAUAGCCAAGACGAAGCGCAACUACAGGAAGGAGCUGCUCGACGUGAAGGUAUCAACCAUGUGCUUUGUCAAAGCCAACACGCUUCCGGAGGAGAUGGCGGCUGAGCUCACCAAUCAACAUGGAAAGGCCCGGUUCCAGAUCGCCGAGCCUGACUUGAAGGCUCUCACGGAGACUGUCAACAAGUUGAGCACGAGCGUGCACGAGGCGCAGCAGCAGGGAUCCCGAAUCGACGACGAGGACAUCGUCGAACUGUUGGCGGAACUCCGCAUCGAACCCGGAAAGCGGAUCGAGGAGGAAGUGGUGAACGCGAUUCAGGGGUGGGCUACUAUCGAGGACGAUGAUGAAGUCGUUGGGGCUAUCAGACUGGAUACGGUGGACGACAUGACGGCACAGCUGAAUGGGGGUUCCGUGGAAUCCGUGUUUGAAGACCGCCCUGAUGGAGCAAGCAGCAUGUCGUUCAAAACGAUGGUCAACACGGCUGCCGUCGGCACGCGUUCGUACAACCCGGUCCAGUUCAAGUUCACAUUUCAUAUCAAGCAGCCACUUCGUCAGGUGAUAAUAUAUUCGAAACCGCAAUGGUCCAUGCCUACUCGGCAAAUUCAUGCCGUCCGACAAUUCGUCACGCAGGCCAAUCACAGGUUGAACGUUGGCACCCUUGAGGUCGACGACAGCGCCGACGUCUCCGUCUCCUUUAAGACGGCGGCAGAGUUCGGAGGCAUUAACGACAUCACGCCCGUGCUCACGUCCUUCAUGAAGGCGCACGCCGGCAUUGGUUUGGACUGCUUCCGUGCGCUUACAGCAAUUAAGGAUGCGGACGUCGAUGUCAACUACGCUCUGGGCAUGAUCGGCAUGGUCGGCCCUACGGGUGAAAUGAGCACCCAAGCUGACGAUAAGCUCUCGGCGAUGCUGUCUGUGUUGUCAGCUCCCGCCUGAUGAGAUAUUAGCGGAGGUUAAGAGCGGCAUGUGUAUAUGUGUACUGGGCUUACAGUUGUGGCGAGCCACACACGCAUACAGUCGAAGGUUUCGGAAAAAGCGCUUGCCGUCUCGGCAUGUAGGUUAUGUGGAGGGCAGUAGCUCGGUGUGUAAUCGUUUGUGUUUAUUCGCUGUGUAUUGUUUCGUUUUUGGUGGUCUGCUUGCGGCGAAUACGGACGCAGUUGUUGCGUUUGGACCCAUCAUCAAGCACACGACGAGUUGUAGGAUCAAGCCCACAAGUUGUAGGAUGAUGACACCAUCGCGGGCUUCUUGUUUAUGUCGAACCAGCACCACGCCUUCUAUGGUGAAGACUUCGCGCGUGGUUUGUUUCUGACAUAGGACAUGUCGAAUGGCCUAAGUCUAACGAGUAUCCAACACAUUUGGUUUUUCUCUGCCUCGCGCAAAGCCAACUGUUGGUAUCAUCGUGGAUUCGAGCACGACGAAACUGUUGGAGGUAUGUACAUAGGGUAGACGGUCCUUUUUUCUGGGAACUACAGCAGUAUGCUGUGUAACCUCGUGAGCUUCUAACGCUACCCCUCACGAAAGCUCGAUACUUCAAAUUCCAGCCAAUAAAUUGAGUACGUAUUAUUUUGAUGAGAGGGUGAGAAGAAUAUGGUCGACCUCGGUUCGCCCUUGAGCUUCCUCGCAACACUACUGAUGCUGU